CCCUCGGCGUCCCGGUGUGAAAGCGGCUGGGACCGUCCCCUCACCCACAGGGUCAGCGGAACCGGGCAGAGCAGGCGUCCAAGGAGCAUUCAAUGCGAGCGCAAUACCGCUUUGUGACCGUACACUUGACCGGAGGGCGCCGGUCAAGGUCGGUGAUACACACGCAGGCCGGCCCCCCUCUGUGGUCCCCACUUCCACCCCCCUUCCUAUUCUUCUCUCCCACGCUUCCCCUCUUCCUAGACGCGACCUUCUUCUACAGAAAGAGAGAGAGAGAGAGAGGAGGGAGAUAUGGUGGCUGUGCUGUAGAGUGGAGGGGCUUAUAGGGUGAUCGGGUACUCGAGACGUAGGGGAUGGAGAAGGCUGCGAAGGUGGAGGAUCAUGCCGGGAUGGCGAACGGAACGGACUACUACACGUCGGUGUUCCCGUUCUCGGGCGAGUUCGACAUCACGGUUGCGGGGGAGCAGAGGUCGGGUUUCAUGGAGCUCCUCGGGAUGUCGGACUUGUCGCCUUUCUUCGACUUUCAGCCGGACUUGCAGGAGGAUUUCCUCGCGGAGAUGCCGUCGUCGUCUGCGGUGUUUAAUUCUGGAGAGCGGAGAGAGAUGCCGGAGGCGUCGUCGAACCCGCCGCUGACGCCGAAUUCUUCGAUAUCGACGACGUCUACGGAGGCUAACGACGGCGAGAGCAAUUCGCGAGGCGGGAAGGAGCAGCUGGUAGCGGAUGAGCAUGAGGAGAAGGAGAAAAAAGAAGAGAAGCCGAAAAAGAAGGGAACUAAGCGCCAGAGACAACCGCGUUUCGCGUUCAUGACGAAGAGCGACGUCGAUCAUCUCGAAGAUGGUUAUCGAUGGCGGAAAUACGGCCAGAAAGCCGUCAAAAACAGCCCAUUCCCGAGGAGCUACUACCGGUGCACCAGCCCCAAGUGCGGGGUGAAGAAGCGUGUGGAGAGAUCGUGCGACGAUCGGUCCAUCGUGAUCACUACGUACGAAGGGCAGCACACCCACGAGAGCCCCGGCGUCACGCGCACCAGCGCGCAACACGGCAGCACGAUCGGCCAGGCAGCGGCGGCGGCCGCCGGCCCUUCCCUCUCUAUGGGCUUCAACGUCCGGCCGGCCGCCGCUCCUCUACCACAACAACGCCUCCCCGCCUUCUGCGUCUCCAACAUCCCGUCCUUCCCGAACCUGGGCCUACUGCCUCGCUUGCCACCCGCGCCCUGCACGGCGUCUGCUGCCCUUCCGCUGCAGCCACGAGACCACGGCCUUCUACAGGACAUCUUGCCUUCGCACGUGCGGGAGGAGCCAUGAGAGCCGUGCUUCCGCUUCCUUCCCUUAGGGGUACGUGCGACAGACUCACAUUGGUGUAUCUAUAUCUACAUGCAGGGCUGCAUGUACACAUGAUCAUGCCAUUUUUUCCCCGUUAUUUCGUUCUUUUGUAAAAUACACCUUUUUGCAUAAUGGGUUUUCACUAACUCUUCCACUGGAUGUAGUUAUCAGUUAAUAUUUC